AUGUCGUACGACCCCAACAAUACCGCGGGCAAUGGGACUGCCGCCCAGUCUUCCCCGUUCGCGUUCCUCAACCAGCUCGGCGCCCCGUCACAGGGCACGGUCGGCGCCGCGACUGGCAACCCCGCAGCUGGUGGCGCUCUCACGGCGGCACAAUUGCAGCAGUACCGCGCGGCGCACAUGGCGCAACUGAGCCAGCAGCCGACGAGUGCACAUGCGAACGCUCAAUCGGCAGCUGGCAACCCCAACAACGCCAUCAGCAACAACCACCCUAACAAUACGCCCCAGAUUCAGGCCAUGUUGCGCAAUUUGCAGAACGCCCAGCAGCUGCAGUCGAUCCAGCAGCAGCAACAGCAGCACUUCCUCGCCGCGUCGCAACAAGCUCAGGCGCAGGCGCAGGCUCAGGCUCAGGCUCAGGCGCAAGCCCAGGCUCAGGCUCAGGCACAGCAGGUCGCUCAAGCUCAACAGCACGCCGCUCUCGGUGCGGCUGGUGGUUUCAACUCCAACUCGAUUUCCGAAAUGUUGCGAACCAACCAAUUGGUCAGUCGAGUCUUUCCCGCCUUCUUCCGUUUUUCCACUGUCACCUCGGCAUCAUGCCCGCCCCCACCGGUCCCCCUGGUUCUCGGCACGCCGCUAGCUGCCGACGCCGAAUCCGCGGUGUCUCCUGUUAACGGCCCCGAGGCACCAUCCCGGGCUCAGCCGGAGCGACCCCUGACCAUCUCUGGACAUCACCUUGUUCUGGCAUUCGCGGUUGCUGACUCGUUCCUUGGCUGCCAUUCCUGCAGACGGCUGAGCAGUUCCAGUCACUGGCGACACAGAUUCAAGCGUUCCAGGCAAAUCAUCAAGCUCGCGGCUCGACCUCUCCCAACCUCGGGGGUAUUCCGGGCCAGAUGCGGCAGCUGCCUCCACAGCCAAGCGUCGCAGCCCCGCCGACCGGUCUUCUCGGCAACAACAACAACAACAUCGGCGCGAGCCAGAUGCCAAACGGCCAGCUGUUUGGCCAGUCGAACCCGCCCGUGAGCACAGCCCCGGCUGCGUCGACCUCCACGACGACUACGGGGCCAGGCGCGACGCAUCCUUCCGUCUCUGUUGAUGCACAAGGGCGAAUCCCAUUUACCGUGCUGCAACCGUACUUUGUGCAAGUCAAUGCGGCGAGGGCGAUGCAGAACAAGGUGCAGCUACUCACGAACGCACUGUCGACCGGCUACAUCACCACGGGCGGCGAUGGGGCGAACCAAAAGGCCAUCUCUGCGGAGGACAGGGUCAAGGUCGAGAAGGAACUGAACGAGAAUCGGUGAGCUCGUAAUCCGAGUCCAUCUCGUGGGCAUAUUUUUGCUUCAAACUAUGAGGCACGAGGGACUAAACUCCAGGUAAAUUGUCCCGCUUCGCAGGCGCUCUUUCCAAAUCAUGUCCGAGCGAAUCAUCGCGUUCCAGAACCAGCACACCGUUCAUCGUAUCCAGAACGACUGGCAGGUAAGCUUUUGUGGUCCAAUAUCUGCUCUGUACGUCUUUGCGCGUCGUAGGCGAGACAGCUGACAUUUCGGCUCCCGACGUCAUCAGUCCCACAUCGCGGAGCAGACGCAACAAAGAGCGGCGGCACAACGGGCUCAGAUGCAAGCGCAGGCGCAAAAGAAUCAGAUCGUUGCCCUUCAGCAUCUUCAAAACGCGCAAAAGCAACGCGAGCAACAGCAACAGCAGCAACAGCAGAUACAGCAACAACCCGCCGCCACUGGUGCCCAAGCCAACCCCGGCACUUUAACAUUCAAUCCUCCGAACCCAGCUGCUGCUGCAGCACUGCAAGCGCAAAUGAUGCAGAAUGCGUCUCGAGGGGGCGUGAACUCAGCCGCUACAUCGACUCUGCCGAGCUCGUCCCCUUUCACCAACUAUGGUCAACUCCCCAUGACAGGAGCCACCCCGACCCCGGCAGCAGCGGCCGCUUUCGCCGCGCAGGCUCAACCAAGGCCCGCCUCGACAGGGCCCUCGGCGCUCUCGAUGACUUUGGAUGCCGGGACUUUCAUGCGCACUCUGUUCGACAUUCACCGGCAACGUGGCCAACCGAUCGCGGGAACACCCUUCGUUGAAGGCCGCGAGAUCGACUUGUACGCGCUCUACCAAGCCGUCGCGAUGCAGGGCGGCGGACAAAACGUCAACGUGGCCUCUGCAUGGCAUUUGAUUGCGAAGCAGCUCGGGUUUGAAGUUGAUGCGAGCCAACCUAUUGAUCAGCCGGCGGACGUUGCGAGAACGUCGCUUGCACUCGCCAAGACGUAUCAUCAAUUAUUGACGCCCUUCGAGGAGGUGAGUACAUGCGUAGUCCGGGGAACAAAUCAAGCUCAGCCAGGAACCGUAGAACUGACUCGACCUUCAAAUAUCUACUGCUUCUUUGUGGCAGCUAUGGACGCAAAGCAUACUCAAACAACGACUGCUCAGCAGUCAGAACAACGCCAAGCCCGGGGAAACCGCCGCGGGGGGGAAAAACGAGGAGGCAUCGACACAGGCCAACGUGCAGCUCGCGGCUGCUGCAGCGGCCAUGCGCGCUCAGCAACAGGCCCAACAAACGUCAUGGCCGGGUAUGCUCAACAGUCAACCUGGAAUUAUGCCUCCAGCCAACUCUCUUGCAGGCCUCUCGCAGCAGCAACUAAUGGCCUUCGGCCUCGGCCCGGCUCACCUCGAAUACGUGCGUGCGCAGGAGCAGCAGCAACAGCAACAGGCGCAAGCUGCCGCUGCAGCGAUGGUGAUCGUGCAGAACGCAAGUGCGGCCUCUUCAUCGACACCCUCAAACGCAGGCCCGAGCGCAGCCGCUCCCACUUUACCGACGAGCAUGGGGCCACCGUCAGCGGCGAAUCGAUCGAGUUCAAACUUGGGGUCUGGCAAUCCCAACAAGCCGACCAUCAACACCGACCCGACGCCGGACCAGGUCGGUGCGGCACGGUCGGCAGUUCAACAGGCUCGAGCCAUGUACCAGGCUGCUCAACGGCAAGCCACUAGAACGAUUGAUAUCGUCGCCGAGGAACGCCUCCGAGUCGCCCAGGCCUCCCAUGCCCUCGUGCCCUUGGUCAAGCAGAUCUAUGAAGUCUUGCCCUUGUUCCUCGCCAUGUCAGGUCAGCAAGAGGUCGUCAAAAAGGUGAUCUCAUCCACAAUGGUGUUCGGAGAGCACAUUAAGUAUCUCCAGAUGUCGCAAUUCGCCCUCGACAUGCGUGCGCUCGAGCAGAUCCGUGACUUGUUCACCCGAGUCGGCACGUAUGUCAAGCAGAACCAUCGUGCUCGUCCUCCUACUUCCCUACCUCUCCCGGCCCGAGAAGCCUCUGCAUCCGCUCCGAUCGCAUCGACGUCCGCAGCGCCACCCUCGAAUGCAACUGCACCUGCAAUGGCGCCGGUACCCACGUCCGCCUCUGCUCCCACCUCGAGCGCCGCUGCUGCUGCCGCCGCCACCGCACCUGAGAAAGACCAGUUUUCGGCCAUGGCGCAAAAGAAUGCUGCAUUACGUGUGGAGGAUCUCAAACCGCCACCACUGAAGCGUAGCCGGAAAGCCUCCGGUGGAGGCAAUGCCGCAUCGCCCCAAACCUCCGCGACACCUGGCCGCCUCGACACAGCCUCGCCCAAGACCCCGAUGACGGAGGCCGACUCGCCGCCCAAGGACGCUGCGACCGUUCGAGGAGCUCGAGGGAAACGCGGUCGAGCUCGCAAAGACUCGGGUAACACGACUGCAUCCAGCCCUGGGCGAGGCCUGGCCGUCGACUCGCCGAGCCCUCUAGCGGUGCACACGACCGUCGCCACACCGAGUGCAGGAAUUUCGACCUUGCCCGUCGUCGUCGAGGAAGAUACCCUGGCGCUCAAACGCAAGCGUGAGACCGAUGAAAUCGACAACGAUCCCGAUGCCUUCAUCCAACGGAUCUUGCGAGGUGAUCUGUCGAGUAUGGGUGGAGCUGCGGCCGUGCCUUCGACACCCUCUGGAAGCAACGUCGUUCCCACCUCGACGCUCGUGGGUGCCUCGUCGGCGACGAUGCAGAGUCUCGCUAGGGAUGUAACGAGCCACCUGCCGUUCGAUUUCAACCCUGUGCUCCCUGCCACUCAGUCCGUCGGGGCCGCAGGCCGCUUAUUCUUUACGAACUCGGUCGGCUCGUUCUCCAUACCUUCCACGUCCUCGACCACCGUCGGGGCAGGUCCCUUCUCGACGAUGCUACCCCGAGCAGGCCCCGGGUCCACGAUGUCCAUGAUUGCCCCCAUCGCUGAAGCGUUCGACUUCGGCUCCUACAUUGAUACCACCGCGGCUGGUUUCGACCUCGACGACGAGGAGGACGGCUUCCCCGCUCAAACCCCGGAGCUGUCUGCUGGCGCCCCAACGCCUCGAACGGCCAACAAGAACAAGCCUUCCCCACCUUCGGACGACGAGAACCCCGACACCCCUUCGAUGAGAGACAAUGGGACGUAUUCUGCCAUGCUCGCCGCGGCUCAACCCAAGGCUGAUCCUGCCGCGCCUUAUAUCGUCAAGCCAGGCUCCCUCGGCACGUCGAGCGCUAAGGCCAUCGGCGCCUUCGACUAUGAUACCUUGCUCAAUGACGUACCUUCUACGUUCUCAUGGAGCGGAGACUUACCCUCUGGUUCAUGGAGCAUCUCCGCCGCUUGA